UUCAGACAAAAACAUCUGGUUUCAGAGACUUUCCCUGAAUGUUUUUUAAUCUUCUCAGCUUGAAUUAAUGUGAAUUCUGAGAGUUUCUGGUUUCAAGUUAAUAGGAAUAAACAAGAACAGCUGGAGAAGUUCCUUGAAGCAUUUUUGUUUAGUAUUUUAGAUCUACAGGAGAUCUAUUUCCUCUUUAGAGCUCAGUCUGCUGGUGGAACUCUGGUUCUACUAAACUCUGAGUCCAGCGGCUCGGGGAGGGAACUUCCUUCCUGUCAGCAGCUCCACUUCCUGUGUGGGUCAGUGGUCACUUCCAGACUUCAGCAUGAAUCCAAACUAAAAUAACAGCAUCGAUGCUGGAGACAGCUGCUCAUUACACAUCCUGGUUUAACUAAUAGAAGACGUCUUCCAACAAUCGACAGAAACAUUCACAGAAAGAUGUAAAGGAGAAACCAGGAAGAAACGCUUCAGCAGAAGAUCAGAAUAAUCUACAAACCUUCUAGUGUCCAUCUUCUGAGUUCUGCUGCUCCUCAAACACCAAGAGCACCUCAUGAAGUUCCACAGCAGCUCAGCAGGAUGUCGGCGUCUCGGACGUGUUUGUGCUGCGUCAAAUACCUGAUGUUUGUCUUUAACCUCAUCUUCUGGCUGGGAGGAUGUGGUCUGUUUGGAGUCGGGGUCUGGUUGUCCUUCACCCAGGCCGAGUUCUCGUCUCUUCCUCUGUCGUUUCCGUCGCUGUCGGCCGCCAACCUGCUGCUGGUGGCCGGUGGGAUCACCAUGGUGACGGGUUUCCUGGGAUGUCUGGGAGCCCUGAAGGAGCAGCGCUGCCUUCUGUUCAUGUUCUUCACCAUCCUGCUGCUCCUGGUCCUGACUGAGGUCACCCUGGUGCUGGUCAUUCACAUCUUCCAUGACAAGCUGGAUUCCAAAGCUCAGGAUGAGUUGAAGGAAGGCAUGAAGAUCUACGAGUCAGAGCCUGGGCUGAAGAAAUCCUGGGACAACGUGCAGAAGAUGUUUAAAUGCUGUGGCGUCUCCAAUAAGACCGACUGGUUCGAUGUUCUAAACGGAACGCUGCCAUCGUCCUGCUGCUCUGUGGGAACCCAGCGCUGUGAGGACGGCUGGUCUGAGCCGUGCUACCAGAAGGCCAGGCAGUGGCUGCUGGACAACAUCCCAUCAGUGCUGGUGUUUGGAGUCUGCAUCGGAGUUGUUCAGAUCCUGGCUCUGGUCUUCUCCAUGGUGAUGUACUGUCAGAUUCUCUGCACUGAGAAACACCUGGACUGACUUCGUUUAUCUGGUUCUGAUCCAAACUGGCGCUGUUCAGAGUGUCGGGUUCUAAAUCCUCCUUAAAGCAUCAAUGGACAGAAACCGGAUCAGAACAGAAUCAUUCUUCACAUGCUGGAUAUUAAAAUGAAUCUGGAGAUAAAACAUGAAACCAGUCAGAAAUAAACCUGAACAUCUAGAACCUGGAAGCUCCACAGAGUUUAAACACAGCAGCUUAGUUUAAAACGCUUUAUUAACUUCUGUUCUCCAGCAGGACUUAUUCCAGUUUCUAUGUUUAUUAAUAAUCCAGAUGUCAGAACUAAAAGAGUCCAGACUCUUAAAAACCUGCUGGUUCAGUUUGAGUUCAGAUUCUGAUAGAAAGAUUUUUAUGUAGCACUGAGUUCACUUUGUUCCAUCCUCAUACUUUAUUAAUAUCUGAUUUAUAGACGUGUUCAUCUGUUUUAUAUCAUCAUCUGAAAUAUUCCUUCAGUAUUUCUCUGUCCUUAAUAACCACGCGUUCCUGUUUUUACUUAUUCUGGAGACGGCAUCCUGUGACUGGACAUGAAAUAAGACAAACGGAUUUAUUAAAAUUAAUAUUAUUAUUAGGAUUCAUUCUCAGUACUGCACUAAUAAGUACAUAAAUAAAAGAAUAAAUCAGUUAAAUCAUGUUAGAGGUCAUUUACAACUAGAGCAGAAACUGAACCUGGAAGCUUUAAUAUGAACAGAAUCCAAAUAAAGAGUUUAGGUUCUUUUAUUUACCAGCUCUACUCUUUAUAAAGCUGCUGUUUCUCCUGAUUCUGUAAAUCUGCAGACGUCCUUCGUAUCGACGCUGGGAUGAUUCAGACCGAACAGAAAGCUGCUCUGGUUCUUUUUAUUCUCUAACCCUGAACAGCACUUUCACUGUAAACUAGAAAACCUCUAAAUGCUCCUGAAACAUCGACCAGAGGUAACUUCUGAAUCAAAUGGAGGUUAGAGAAAUACAAGUUAAACGUUUUCUGUAAGAUCUAGUCGAGUUCUUGUGACUGAAUCAGUUCAACAUGUCGUCUUUAUGUUCCACGCCUGCAGAAAAAUCAGCUUGAGGUUCUUUAAUGAGCUAUGAAAAUCUUCAGCAGGAUGUAGAACAUUAAUGAGUGUUUGGUGUCUUCAGGUUUAGUCCACGUUCUGAGCUCUGUUCUAUAUUUGUUCUCAUUGGCUGUAAAUAAAUCCAUUUUGCAUUAA